AUGACCUCCUUGCCAUCCGAUAACGAUAAGACCAAGGGGAAUGGGGACCAACCAGUGAUAGAGGACAGAGGACCAGAAGCUGGGAAGGUUAGCCUUGGGGAUACCGGAAAAUGUGGGGAGGAGAACAACGGGAAGGUGCAGGAAAGGGCUCCAUCGAACGCCGUGAGCCUCAACGAAGAGUUGGACGAUUUUGGCCUGCCAAUCCGACCCAGAAAGUCAACCCUAUCAUUAAGAAAUGCGCCAACACAAGGCGUAGCUCCCGAGAGCCCUAAUGGGACGAAUACACCCUGCAGUUCCGAGGUGCGAAAGCCCAUGACCCGAUCUGUAUCCGCUCCUCUCGAGGUGCUUGAAAAGAGAACAAAAGAGCGAGCAAUCAAGGAGCCCAUAUCCGGUUCUAGUUCGCCAGGAACAAAGGAUGGAGCUCUCCCCACCAUACUCGAUAAAGCGGAAGAAGACAGUAGCAAUGUCUCAAAAGUAGCUCACGACGCGCAUACUAAAGAUGUAUCAGCGUGGUCGCACCAGACGAUAGCAACAAAAGAUGAUUCUGACGAGGAAAAAGAGGACGACACAUGGCAUGCCAUGCCGGCCCUGGGAGAAUUUGAUGUAUAUGACGACUACGGUAGAAUAGUAGCCCGCGGUGCUAAAGAUGAGGACGACGACGCGGCCUAUCAAGGACUUGGGGGAGCCGGGAAGGGGUAUACCAGGGUUCAGAUCGAUGAAGAUGCACAAUCCGCCACGAGUUUGGACGAAAACACAAGUUACCUGUUCAAAGAACCACAAAGUAAUGCACUUGGCGUUGAGGACGAUGAUAUGCGAGAUCCAACUUCUCAGCUAGAAGCGACGAAAGACAUUUUAACUGAGGGUCAGCGAAUUGCCUACGUCGGAGCUACAAGGUUGACUAUUUUCCAAAUGGUCAAAGAGGUGGAAUCAUAUCAGUCACCAUCGAAAACCACGCGCAAGUUUUUAAGCACUGCGGUGGAUUCGAUGAGCAAAUGGGGCCAACAGAUAAUGAUCCGCCUUUACGGGCAUAUGGAUAUCAACUCUGACGAACAGGUCAUGAUCGAACAGCUGGCUGAACAUGGGGUCCGACCAGAGGACCUUGUUCCUCCACUGAUGCGAAAUGCUCGUGUCAAGAACCCUCUCACCAGAGAUUCUGUGUUUAGUUCCAAAGUAUCUGUUGAUGAACCUCAACCUGAUAUGGACAAGUCAUCUAAGGUCCCCGAGGAGCCAUCGCGCUCACCCACGCCCCCACCACCCUACGAACCUAACGACAGUAAUGACGUCCCUGAAAUACAAUCGCCUUCCGAACUUCAACUAUCUAAAAACGUUGAUAUAGAUCUUCGCUGGACUGUGUUAUGUGACCUGUUUCUCGUUCUUAUUGCAGAUGCAACUUAUGACGCCAGGUCACGGAAGCUACUUGAACUGGUUGGAGAAUCUAUGAACAUUUCCUGGAACCAAAUCUGUCGAUUCGAAAAGCGCAUUAUCGAUGCUUUAGAGAUGCAGCAAGAAGCUAGCAAGGAGACAUGGGAUGAAGCACAGCAUCUGGAAUCAAGAAGGAAGGCCGCUUUGAAGCAACGAUAUUUGAUCAUGGGGUUAGCAACAGUUGGAGGAGGCCUAGUAAUAGGCCUCUCGGCUGGCCUCCUUGCGCCUGUGAUUGGGGCUGGUCUUGCUGCUGGUUUUACUACUAUCGGAGUCAGUGGAACUAGUGCUUUCCUUGGUGGUGUUGGAGGGACUGCCCUUAUAACUUCUGGAGCAACCGUUGCGGGAAGCACUAUAGGAAUCAAAGCCUCCGAGAGAAGGACAGGUGCUGUUAAAACGUUCGAGUAUCGACCAUUACAUAAUAAUAAGCGCCUUAACCUCAUUGUUACCGUUUCUGGGUGGAUGAAUGGCAAAAUUGAUGACAUUCGACUGCCGUUCAGUACAGUGGAUCCUAUCAUGGGAGACAUUUAUUCAGUUCUGUGGGAACCUGAGAUGUUGCAAAGUACUGGUCAGACUAUCAAUAUUCUUGCUACUGAAGCUUUGACACAAGGUCUUCAGCAAGUCCUGGGAGCUACAAUUCUUACUGCCUUGAUGGCAUCGUUGCAACUUCCUAUUGUUCUCACGAAGCUAUCGUACCUGAUCGAUAAUCCGUGGAAUGUCUCCCUUGCCCGUGCUAAUGCUGCUGGGCUCAUCUUGGCCGACUCCUUAAUAAACAGAAACCUGGGAAACCGGCCUGUCACACUGCUUGGAUUCUCACUCGGAUCACGCCUAAUUUUUUCAUGCCUAAAAGAACUUGCGAAUAAAGGUGCAUUUGGACUGGUUCAAAACGUUUACUUAUUUGGCUCUCCAGUUGUCGUAUCCAAGGAUGACUAUACCAAAGCUCGAAGUAUUGUCUCAGGGAGGUUUGUGAACGGCUAUUCAUCUAACGACUGGAUUCUUGGCUACCUUUUCCGAGCAACCAGUGGUGGAAUUAUGCGCGUUGCCGGACUUGCUCCGGUCGAGGGCAUCCCUGGAAUCGAGAAUGUGAAUGUCACACACCUAGUCGGUGGCCAUAUGGCGUACCGUACUACCAUGCCUAGACUCCUUCGAGAAGUAGGCUGGGAUGUAGAAAGUGACGAAUUUACAGAAAUCGAGGACCCGGAUCCAGAGAAACAUGAGGCGCGACAACGUGAGUUAAUGCGUGAAAUAGAUGAAGCUCGCAAACAAGCUGAGUUAAAACCUGAUAAGAAGAGGUUUGGUUUCUUUAAAAGCGGAAAGCUUGCCCAGAAGAAACGCUGGGAGACCUAUGACGUUGAUAAGAAUGCAAAGGAUUCUAACUCAUCUGGGAAAAGUGGUGACGCUGAUGGUUCCGUGCUCUUCGAUAUUGAUGCAAUCAGGGCCGAGCUAGCUGGCGAACACAUCGAGGUUAAGCAGUUGGAGUCUACUCUACCUCCUAUUAACCUUGAUCUGAACAAUGUGCCGCCUACCCCUGCGAACACGCAAACAGACUCGACCCCUACGCCGACAACGGCACCCAUAAAAGGCAAAGAUGAAGAUUUAAAGUCACCUACCACGCCAAUUUCUUCCCCCAAGGGUGGCAAUGAGUCGUCAACUAGUUUGAAGGAUGAUAGCCUACAAAGGAACACCACUCAUUCAUGGCCAGUUCAAGAAGAGGAAAUUGAAAUGACAUUUGAUACCUCCUACCACUCCCCGAUCACCUCGCCAUCUCAUAACUUCGGAACCGAUUCUCCAAUCCUCCCUUCAAUAUCCUCGCCUGACAGCCACCGUGGAAUAUCGGAUAUCAACCUUUCUCAUAAUGCCUGGGCCGACCAACAUGAAGACUACAACGAACCAAACAUAAAGACGACGUUUCAAUGA